AUGGCCCCUUCGAUCGAGAGCUCAGAACAAAUUGCACCGAGAGACGCUAUUACAACAUUUAAAUGUGUCCUCCAUCACAGCCUCGUGACGAAGAAUUCGGAGGCUCUCCAGUUUCAUGCGGCUGCUGCUUUGCAAUUGCAAUUCGGCUCUCUGAGUGACAAUAUAGUCAAAUCGGAUGAUCGCCUUAUUGCAUCCCCUUACAAUGAUCCUCCCCACCUGCUUGACCUCAAGACCCUCGACACGCCAAACCGACUGCUGGCAAAAGCGUUGACCGUCCUGAAGCCCACUCGAGAUGAUUAUGCUACGGCUCCUUACGCAGAAUCAUUCAACUGGCAGGAGGUCGUUGAUUUGCUGCCUAAAUUUCCUGAUGCGAACGGAUAUCCCUGGCAGAGACAGGAGUUCUAUGUAGUUGUAUUUCGAUCGCGCCUGCGUCCAGAUGCCAACGUCCAACUCCUGCAAGUGCUAGAUAACCAUUCGCAUCGGGAGGCGACUGCUAGUGGGGGUCUGUUAAAGUAUUGGUUCGGAAAUCGCAAUGAAAAUAACGAAAACCUUGCAACAUGCAUAUGGAGAAGCAGAGAAGAUGCUUGUCUCGGAGGCACUGGCCCAUGGCACAAACAAGCUGUAACUGCUGCUCGAGACCUGUACGAGCAAGUUGUUUUCAACGCUUUAUCCUUGGUCAUACAGGACGGGAAGUUGGGGAUUGGCGACUGGAGGGAAUCCAACGAAAAAUGGUUUACUGUCACCGAGGCCGAAUAA